UCCAGUGACAUCACACGACUAACAUUUGUCUUCGAACAGGUCACGGUCCUACCAAACUUGUGCCACGUCAGGAUUUACGUUGUAGCUAACUAAUUGAUAUGACAGUUAGCAAACUAACUGCAUACGACUUUUAGCUGUUGCUGAGCUUUACCGAAUAUACUGUUCGAAUGUUUUGGACGUUUCAGACGAAGCAAAAGUCAGUGUUAGCUAGCUCCCAGCUAGCUAGUAAAGUCAGCUGUCUCUCGUAAACAUACACCAGCUACAUUUUCAGUCCAGUUGACUUGUUAAAAUGGAGAACAAAUACAACCUGAAAAGCCCAGCUGUGAAGAGGCUGAUGAAGGAGGCAGCUGAACUGAGGCACCCCACAGAGCACUACCACGCCCAGCCACUGGAGGAUAAUCUGUUUGAGUGGCACUUCUCUGUCCGCGGGCCCCCGGACUCAGAUUUUGACGGUGGGGUUUACCACGGCAGGAUCGUGCUGCCCCCGGAGUAUCCCAUGAAGCCCCCCAGCAUCAUCCUACUCACACCCAAUGGAAGAUUCGAGGUGGGAAAGAAGAUCUGUCUGAGCAUCUCUGGCCAUCACCCGGAGACAUGGCAGCCAUCUUGGAGCAUCAGAACGGCACUAAUAGCUAUAAUCGGAUUCAUGCCAACCAAAGGGGAGGGUGCAAUCGGAUCCCUUGAUUAUAAUCCAGAGGAGAGGAGAGGCCUGGCCAAAAAAUCCCAGGACUUCUGCUGUGAGACGUGUGGCUGCUCCUUGCGCUCUGCUCUCCUAGGUCCCUCCCCCACUAACCCCAGUCCAGAUGACCAAGAGGACCAAGAGCUCGCCCAGCAGAUCAACUUCAAGGCAGAAGCCAGGCAGGCCAGUGAGAGCACAGGGGCAGAGAGCGAGCCCCCCACAGACCCCCGGGGAGAGACGUCCACCUCGGUGGGACAGGAGGAUGAAGAGACCCACGCUGAGCAGCAGGCUGAGGCGGCUCCAGCUGCCAGUGAGGACGAGCCAUGUCCCACAGCCCCAAGCAGCCGUUCUCUCAGCCCCCGCCAGCGCCGGGCCCAGCAGCACCAGAGAGAGCCCCCCAGCAGGCCCACCUUCCCUGCCUUCCCCCACACCGCCACCCCCCACCCCCCUCAGGACGCCAGCCACACAGGCUCUGUGGUGCUCAUCAUGGUGCUCGCCCUGCUCCUGGCUGCCCUCAUCUUCCGCAGGAUCUACCUGACCAACGAGUACAAGUUUGACUACGAGCUGUGAUGAAACUGACCUGAACUUCCCCAGACCACCAGACCAUGACACCCUAGCUGGCAACAAACUGACUUUAUCUCUUUACAUUGCCAGCCUAGAGCCCUGGAAAACCUUCUGUUCAUAGAGGGUUAGGCAUAGCCUUGGUGACUGUUUCUCCCACUAAGUAAAGGGGGCUUGCUUUACAAUGAGGGUAGCCUGCAUUCCUGUGUAGGAUGUGGUCCACCUCUAAGGUGUCUUUUAUUACUUUGAAUUGACUCUAAACUGUACCACAUUUUAAAGAUAGGUCCAAACCUUUAUAGAACACACACUUUGGGCUGUAUUCACAAAAUGUCUGAGUAGGAGUGCUGAUCUAGGAUCAGGUCCCCCAUGUCCAUAUAAUAUAAUUCAUUAUGAUCUAAAAUAAAAAAAAUAGAUCUGUACUCCUGAGGUGCUUUAUGAAUACGGCCUGUAUCUCUACUUUUAAUUUUGUCAGGCAACUGUUUAUCAUGGACUGCUGCUUGCUCUCAUUUAAACAAGUUAAUGCUGUAUCAUAUGACUUGUAAACAAUGAAGACUAUUACAUUGAUUUGUUUGUCUCAAAUAAUUAAUUGUGCACAGGGAAUCAAUAUGCAUAAUAAAUUGUAUAAAGAUAAGGUCCUAAUUAUUUCUGCUCAAAUGUUACGCCAUUGACAUUUUCAUUGGUUAGCCAUUUCUCCGGUGGUGUCUACUUUGGCGGCAGCAGAUACAGUGCAGCCAACUAUACACAUACGUCUGUCAAUCUUAGCCUGAGUGUCAGUUUGUUUCUGCUCUCUUGACAAUUUCAUGCUGUUCAUACCUGGAGUUAUCACUGAUUGGGUCCAAAGAUAGUGAGACAGGGAUGAGGCAAUAAACCAUUGUCAACACAAGCGCUUCAGAAAGGGAGAUUAUACAAGAAAGAGGCUGUAUGACUUUAGAAAUGGAUUGGGGACUAAUGCAAAGCAAUUUAAAUAUUGUGGUUAAAUUGUACUUCAAGGAAAAUAAAAUGUCCAGAGUAAGUCCUCUCUCUAAAUUGUGUUCUCAUGAUAUUUGAGCCAUGUAUAACAGCUUUGUUCAUGUGAAUACUGAAUCCAUUGCAGACAUCUUAAUGUCUUAAGAUUGCAUUCACACAUCUAUCCAUCGUUUGACUGUGUUUGAAUGCUACAUAUGAACAUUGUAUCAGAAAAUAAAUGCCUUGAAUAAAAAAAUAAAUGUUCAUGUGUCACAGUUAA